GCGUCAUAGACCAAACACACCUUGAGUUCAGAUCAACACCCACACAAACCGAUUCCACACAAAGUUCUCAUCAAUUUAGAACUAAACCACAUUUACAUUUACAAAAAAUCAGACAAAUUCCUCCAGGAGGAAAUGGAACAAAAAGCGAAAGAGAGAAGGAAACCCGAGGAGAACGAGGAAGCUGAUGAGGGCUGUGGCCAGAGAGGAGGAGAAUCCUGCUCCCUCACUGACUGUCUCUCUCUUUUUCCCACGUGCAAGCAAACACACACACACACACACCAGCGAGUGCAUACACACACACAUGCGCUCUCGCACGGAGGCAUCUCAGUCAUCCAGCCUUUCCAUUCCAGCACACUGAGGAGAGUUUCUCUGAAAGACUCCAGACUGCCGGCUCCUCUGAGGACAGCAAACACACACUUACAUACACACUCACACACUCAGAGACGAACAUACACAGCCUGCGAUUAAGGCCAUCAUGGACUCCCAUCAAGAUUUUGAGGACUUUGGGGACCAUACCAACCACAGCUCAAACGAAACCGAUUACUACGAUGAAAACUACGGAGACUUCCACACUGUGUGCGACAAACACGAUGUCCGUUCUUUUGGUGGCACCUUCCUUCCCAUAGUGUACGCUCUAGCCCUUGUGGUGGGCCUGGCCGGAAACUCAAUGGUGGUCUUCGUCUACUUGUCCAGAAAGCGCUUACGAACCCUGACAGACGUUUUCAUACUGAACCUGGCCUUUGCAGACCUAUUACUGCUCUUCACCCUGCCUUUUUGGGCAGCGGACGCAGUCAACGGCUGGGAGCUCGGCAUCCCUGCCUGCAAGAUAACCUCGGCCCUGUACACCACCAACUUCAGCUGCAGCAUGCUGCUGCUAGCCUGCAUUAGCGUGGAUCGCUACCGGGCACUAGCUCAAGGCUCCACGAGUGCCCAUGGACCAUCUGGAAGUAACCCACGCAGAAAGAGGGUGAUACUGUGCCUCUUGGUCUGGGGGGCUGCCUGUAUCUUCGGUUUGCCGGACAUGGUGUUGGUCACAGUCAAGUCUCACGCUGGUGGGCGUCAGGCCUGCAGGGCAGUGUACCCUCCUAGCAUGGCGCGAGCCGCUAAAGCCACCUUGGAGCUUCUGGAAGUGACUCUAAGCUUCUUGCUGCCAUUCCUGGUGAUGAUGUUCUGCUACUGGAAAGUCGGUAAGGCCUUGAGCCAGGCGGCAACUUCCGGAGUGAGGGGUGGAAAGCGCUGGAAGGCUUUUCGGGUGCUGAUUGCCGUAGUCGGGGUGUUUCUUCUGACCCAGCUGCCUUACAACGUGGUGAAGCUCAUACGUACAAUGGAUGUGAUCUAUGCUGUUGUGACGGAGUGUGAGGUAAGCAAAGGACUUGACCGGGCCAAUCAAGUGACGGAGAGCCUAGCCCUCACACACUGCUGCCUGAACCCUGUACUAUACAUCUUCAUCGGAUCAUCCUUUAAAGAGCGUGUGUUGAAGAUUGCUAAGCGUUGUGGACAGACCGGGAGACGCUACCGGCAGGGUACUGACCAGCCCGCAGUGGAGAUCUCUCUGAAACCAUGUACGCAAUACGAGGCACACUCCGAGUCAGAAGAGGAAGACACCAGUACCUUCACCAUCUAACUUGAGGGAUUGACCGAUGUCCAGGGACAAACAUUUGCAUUGGUUAAUUGGACAAACACUGAUGUUUUACAGGACAGUUGUUAGGUAUAGCAAAUGCUAAACAAGUCAAACUACCAGGUACAAAUCCCAUAUUUUGGGAUUUGUUUUAGAGAAUGCUGAUAAAACUAACUGGAAUAUAUUGUUAUCAUUAAAUUAUCAACGGUAGAUAAACAGUAAUCACACAGCAGCAUGUGGCUAGUUUUAGCUACACCUAUACAUCCCUGUACAUAACGGUACCCCCAACAUAAGGGGUAACCAAAAUCAGCCGGGAUCUGACGCCAUACUGCACCAUCCAGUGGAAGACGACCUACAGAUUAAAAACUUAAGUACAGCAUUCAGCUUUUAACAUCUCAAAGCAUAUUAUUCUCUUCCUAUAAGAAAAGGCAACGUGACUGGACGUUAUAGGUAAAAGAAAC